AGUGUGAGAUCAGUGAAGGCCAACCCACAAUAGCACAUUGCACUACUGGUUCAUCACUUAUCACCCCGAGAGAUCUGAGCUUUUGUAAUGGAGGGUGAGAUGAGCAACAGAGGGUGGGUUUUGCGGUUCAUGGGCGUGUUGCUGCUGGCGAUGUUGAUCGGCGACGGAGCAAGCGCCGACCCGCAAGUGCCGUGCUACUUCAUAUUCGGGGACUCGCUGGUGGACAACGGGAACAACAACCAGCUCAACUCCUUGGCCAGAGCCAACUACUUGCCGUACGGCAUCGACUUCGCCGAUGGUCCCACAGGGAGGUUCUCUAACGGCAAGACCACCGUCGAUGUGAUCGCUGAGCUUCUGGGAUUUGACGAUUAUAUUCCACCGUAUGUGACCGCGAGCGGGGAUGCGAUUCUUAAAGGAGUGAAUUAUGCAUCUGCUGCUGCAGGGAUCAGGGCAGAAACCGGACAGCAACUGGGAGGGAGGAUAAGCUUCGGAGGGCAGGUGCAAAACUACCAGAACACGGUGUCGCAGGUGGUGAACAUAUUGGGCGAUGAGGACACGGCGGCGAAUUACCUGAGCAAGUGCAUAUACUCGGUCGGCAUGGGAAGCAAUGACUACCUCAACAACUACUUCAUGCCUCAGUACUACUCCUCGAGCAGCCAGUUCACCCCCGACCAGUACGCCGACCAGCUCAUUCAGCAGUACUCUCAGCAACUAAGGUCAUUGUACAACUAUGGAGCAAGGAAGGUGGUGUUGAUCGGGGUUGGUCAGAUAGGUUGUAGUCCUAACGCGUUGGCUCAGAACAGUGCUGAUGGCACCACAUGCGUGGAAAGGAUCAACGUCGCAUGCCAAUUAUUCAACAACAAGCUCAAGUCGCUCGUCGAUCAGCUCAACAGCAAUUUAGCCGAUGGUAGAUUCAUUUACGUCGACGCUUACGGAAUAUUCCAAGAUCUCAUCAAUCGACCUGCAAGUUUCGGUUUUAGCGUCACGAAUGCCGGGUGUUGCGGUGUUGGGAGGAACAACGGCCAAAUCACGUGCCUUCCCCUUCAGACCCCGUGCCAAAACCGAAACGGGUAUCUGUUCUGGGACGCGUUCCACCCUUCAGAGGCCGCCAACAUAGUUGUCGGAAGGAGAUCAUACAGCGCCGAGGCCUCGACCGACGCUUACCCCAUCGACAUUCGCCGCCUCGCCCAGCUCUGAAGAUAGAGAGGUGGCGGUGGCAGUGGAAGUGGCCAAGGGAGUCGCAGUGACGCGAUAGGGAUUGUCCUGUUGUUUGUUCCCAAAUUUCACUGUACCAUGAUUGUGUUGUUUCCAUUGUUCCAUGUAAGGCAUGUCGUGGGUUUUGUGACCAUAAGUUCGAUUAUAAUUUCGUUUGCUUUGCUCGCUUGUGUUUUUGUCUAAAUCAACUGGAGUGUACCUUUAGGAACAAGUCAAUGCACACCGAUAUACACUUAU